AUGGCAAGUUUACACAAAUCCCUUGAUGACGUAGAUUUAGAGGCUGCUAGUUUUAAUCGCAGUGGGAAAGAUGACGGCGGCGGCGGCGGCGGCGGCGGUUCAAUCUCCUCUAAUGCGAAUGAUCACUCUACAUCAAGUCCAUGUGGAAGUGAGAUUGUGAGUGUCUCUGAAAAUACUAGUAUUGAUGAAAACAGCAAGAAAAGAGAAUCCAAUGUGUCAGAGUGUUUAGUGGAGGUGUUGGAUCUGAAUGAUGGUCCACCAGAAAUCAAGCUGCAUUUGGUCAAGAUUAUUAGAGAUUGUAGGAUUUGUCAUCUGAGCUUGGAUCCAAGCAAUCAAGACUCUGGUUUACCCAUUGAACUGGGUUGUUCUUGUAAAGGUGAUUUGGCUGCUGCUCACAAUCAAUGUGCUGAGGCUUGGUUCAAGAUAAAGGGAAACAAAACUUGCGAGAUAUGUGGAUCAAUUGCACGAAAUGUUUCUGGUGUGAACGAGGCUGAAUUGAUGGAGCAGUGGAAUGAAGCAAAUGAUACUGCUGCCACAGCUACAUCAGCAUCCCAAACAGCGUCUCGAAACUUUUUGCAGGGUCACCGAUUUCUGAACUUCUUGUUAGCUUGUAUGGUAUUUGCAUUUGUCAUCUCCUGGCUUUUUCACUUCAAUGUACCCUCAUGA